CACAGGCAGAAUAUAUAGCCACGCAAGAGCAAGCUUGCAUCAGCCCCUUGGCCAAUGGAAGUUGGUCCAAACUGCAGUUCAUCAACCUCAGGCUCUCGCUGAUGUCAGCCGGGGCGGCACUGAGCUGGAACGGGCCAUCCCUCUCAGGAUCACAGGGACUUGCUGCGCGUUUCCUGAGAGCUCCCUUUCAAGAGGCGGCUGGCUUUCCUAGGAAGGCUCAGCGCUUUUCCCCUCCUUGCUCAUGGUACCCUGCAGCAUCCAAGAUUCCCAGGCUCUCCAACAGUUCUGCAUGGAGCUGGCUCCUCUUUCACCCCCACUGCUGCUGUUGUUGCUCUGCAUCUGCUGUGUCUACCUCACGUUGACAUGGAGGAAGAAGGGAGUCAACGGCCCCCUGCCCCCUGGGCCCACCCCGCUCCCCAUCCUCGGGAACUUUCUCCAGCUGGACCGAAAGAAUAUGGUCAAGUCCCUGAUGAAGAUGAGCGAGGUGUACGGCCCAGUGUUCACGGUGUUCCUGGGACUCCAGAGGGUUGUGGUCUUGUGUGGCUACCAAGCAGUGAAGGAGGCCCUGACAGAUCAGGCAGAGGAGUUCAGCGGGCGGGGGCAGCUGCCAGCCUUCUCCAAGGACUUCAACCAGCAUGGGAUUGUGUUUGCCAAUGGGGAGCGCUGGCAGCAGCUCCGUCGCUUCUCCCUCACCACCUUGAGGAACUUUGGGAUGGGGAAGAGAUCCAUUGAGGAGCGGAUCCAAGAGGAGGCCCAGUGCCUGGUGGAGGAGCUCCAAAAGACGGAAGGAUCACCCUUUGACCCCACCUUCCUUCUCAGUCGAGCUGUCUCCAACAUUAUCUGCUCCAUUGUGUUUGGGAAUCGGUUUAACUACAACAAUGAAAAAUUCCUCACGCUGAACAAGCUGAUAACAGAGCGAUUCCGCAUUGCAAGCUCAGCCGAAGCAGCUCUCUACAACAUCUUCCCGGAGAUCAUGGAAAAGAUCCCUGGAGCACAUCACGCAGGCAACAAAUGCUCUCAGCGCAUCAUCAGCUUCAUAAAGGAGAGGAUCCAGAUGCAGCAGGCCUUGCUGGAUCCUUGUGCCCCCCAGAAUUACAUUGAUUGUUUCUUGGCAAAGAUGGAGGAGGAAAAGCACAACCCAGAUUCUGAAUUCUGUAUGGAGAAUUUGGUCAUGGCCACAUUCAAUUUGUUCUUUGCUGGGACAGAAACAAUCAGCACUACCUUGAGAUAUGGUUUCCUCAUCCUGAUGAAGUACCCGCAGGUGCAAGAAAAGCUUCAUGAGGAAAUUGACCGGGUGAUCGGGCCAGGCCGCCCGCCUUCGGCUGAGGACCGGAGGAGGAUGCCCUACAUGGAGGCGGUCCUGCACGAGAUCCAGAGGUUCAGUGACAUUCUGCCGAUGAGCCUCCCCCAUGCGGUCACGCGAGACACCCACUUCAGGGGGUACGUCAUCCCAAAGGGGACUUACAUCUACACUUUGCUCAGCACGGUGCACUAUGACACUGAGCAUCACGCCAGCCCUGAGCAGUUUGACCCUGGGAGAUUCCUGGACAGACAUGGCCGUUUCAAGAGGGCAGACGCCUUCAUGCCUUUCUCAGCAGGGAAGCGCCUGUGCUUGGGCGAGGGACUGGCCCGCAUGGAGCUGUUCCUCUUCUUGACCACUGUCCUCCAGGCCUUCAGUCUCGCAUCGCCAGUGCCCCUGGGUGAGGUCAGCGUUGUGCCGGACGCCAGUGGUGUCAGCCGGGUGCCCAGGAGAUAUCAGCUCUUGGUGCUGCCACGCCAAGCUUGAUGGUCUGCUUGACCUGCCACGCUCAGCCUCCACCGCACCCUCUGUGGAUGCUUUGAGAGGGGGCGGCUCCGGUUCCCUUCAGGGUGCCAUUGAUUGGCAGCGAAGUCUUGGGACAAGCGCCUGAUGCUACAUGUCAGCUCCAUUGAGGGCACGAGGUGUGGCAGCACCCCCCACCCCACCAUCGCCCAGGGCUUAAAAUCUGGGAUAUGCUGCUCUGGCAACCGGCACUGGCGCUCAGGGGCCGCGGUUGCAGCGCGGAGAGCAGUGUCCUUUCCAAAGAGGCGGGAGAGUCACUCCGUACGUUUACGGGGACUCUUUCCGCAGCCUGCAGACGAGAAGAAAAGUGCUUGGAAUAAAACUGGCUAAUUUUGA